AUGAAUAAUUUAUCAAGAGUUAUAUCUGAUUUUCCUUGGAUAUCUCGGGUUAAGGCUCUUAAAUGUCCAUCUAAGCCAUGGAUUGUUUUUUUCCUGUCUUUUUUUCCAUUUUCUGGACUUAUAAUUUAUGAUAAAAAAGAAAAAAAAAAAAUUAUAGAAAAAUAUUGUAAUAAAGUGAGAUUCCUUUCCGAAAAACCUAUGGAUCCAUUGGAGCUUCCAAGAAAAGUAAAGAUCUAUAUGAGUUUGCCGCCAGGAAAUGAUAUUUGGAUGAUUCAAAAUCAUUUUCAAGAAUAUAUUAGGCCUAUUCUUCAAGCAGGAGCCGUAGAUUACGAAAUUAUUCAAGGAAAUAAAGAAGGAGAUCUACAGCGUCAAGUGUCUGAAGAAAUUCUUCAAUAUCGACGUGGAGAAUCUGGUUUAAGUCCAGAAAUGUCUAAAGUUAUGACAAAUGUUCGCCCCAGCACUGAAGAAAGUAGCGCUAUUAUUAUAGGAAGACAUUCUUUGAAAGAAUAUUUGGCGGGAGUUCAUGAUGGUUGGCUUGAACCUCUAGAAAACUCAUCUUCAUCGCUAAAUUCUUCGAAAAUAUCAGUUAAUAUUUUAAAAAAAAACGUUUCAUCUGUUUUGUCAAAAAAAGAUUCUCAAUCACAUUUUCCGGUAGAUGUAACAAUUCCUACACUUCAAUUUAUCCCUUAUCCUUAUGUUCUUGGGUUUCUUAAUAUGCCUGUUCGAAUAUAUCGGUUCUUAAAUAGACGUUUUCUUGCUCAAUCUAUUGCAUCAAAGACCGUAAAUAUCAUUUUAUCAAAUCAUACUCGUCUAUGGACUGAUGACGAUCAACAUCUUGGUGAAGAAGAGUGUCGUGGUUGGCCUAAACAAUAUAGAACUCGAACAACUGCUGGUGUAUGGACUGAUGAUUUUGUGUUAGAUAAACGAAUUAUGAAUCAUGUAUUAGUAAAAAACUGGUUUAGUAUAUUAUUUUCUUGUAAAUGA